AUGCAGAGGGAAACCCCGCAGCGGCCCUCAUCUAAGGGCAGCAGCGGCACCAAUGACGCUAGCAGCAGCAGCAACAGCAGCAGCAGCAGCAGCAAAAAGAAGAACAGCAACAACUCCCGCAAAGAGACUCCUGCAGAAACAGCAGCACAACAAGAAACCCACAAAAGCAGUCAAACAAAAGCUGAAGCCUCGUCGAAUGGCAGCAGCGGCCGCAGCAGCAGCAGCAGCAGCAGCAGCAGCAACAGCAGCAGCAGCAGCAGCAGCAGCAGCAGCGGCGCCAAUGUGUCGGCAAAGAAGAAGAGAAAGCGGCUGACACACCUGAGCACCAAAAAGAGGCGCAGGGUUGCAUCAUCAAGCAGCAGCAGCAGCAGUAGCAGCAGCAGCAGCAGCUCAGCAGCAGCAGCCAAGGCCCGUGCUGAUUCACGCAGGGCGGAGCGCAGCAAGAGCGUGAGCAGCAGUAGCAGCAGAAGCAGCAGCCAGCACGAGGAGCAGCAGGAUGAAGACAGUGCAGAGGAGCUGCUGCAGCUGCAGCCUUGGCCGCCAACAGCAGGCGACCUAAGAGAAGAGAGCAGCAGCAAACUGCGGUGUCUGUGGCAGCAGCAGCAGCACAGGGACGCAGCUGACCGAAGGCUAGAGGCAUUGUUUGAGGCUUUCUGCAGCAGCGCCAUUGCUGCGCUGCAGCAACUACGAGACAGACUUGCCGCUGCUGCUGCUAAUUCUCCUGCUGCUGGUGCGGCUGCGUCUCCUGCUCCCGCUGCUGCUGCUGCUGUUCCUGCUGAUGCAGCAGCAGCAGAUGCACUCAAGAAGGAAGACGACCAGCAGCAUCAACAAGUGCAGCAGCCGCAGCAUCAACAGGAGCAGCAGCAGGAUGUGCUGCAGCUGGCAUGUUCCCUUUUGCAUUUGCUGCCCCCGUCUCCUGCAGCAGCAGCAGCAGCAGCAGCAGCAGGGCAGCGGCUAAAGGGUUUGUACGAUUUGCAGCAGCUUUCUGUUAGCUUGUGGCUGCGGCGCUUCUUCUUAUUUGUCUAUGAAGAGGUGCUUGAGCUGCUGCUUUACUCUCAAGGCUUUACAGGCGCUGCUGCUGGAGGGCCCUUUGGAGGGCCCCCUACAGAUCUAUCUGCUGCUGCGCUGCGGCAUGCUGCUGCAGCAACUCGGGAGCUGCGACCGCUGGUGACGCUGCUGUUGCUGCCGCAGCAGCAGCAGCGAAAGAAGGAGCAGCAGAAGAAAAAGAAGCAGCAGCAGCAGCAGCAAGUCUCUCUGAUGCAGCAGCAAAAAAAGAUAGAAGAGAUGCUCAGGAAGGAUCCAACGCUUAUAACAGCACUCAAGAAGCUGCUGCUGCUGCCAGGUAUGCUGCAGCACGGUCACUACGAUGUAGAGGCGCUACUGCUGCUGCUGCAGCAGCACAGACAGCAGCAGCAACAGAAGCUCCAAGACCAGCAGCAGAAGGAGAAACAGGAAAAGGAAGAAAACGACAAGCAGCAGCAAACAUCAGCAACAGAUGAUAAGACCACAAAAAAUGAGGCCGAUGACCCCAGCAGCAGCAGCAGCAGCAACAGCAGCAGCAACAGCAGCGGGACGGGCGAGCAACAAGUGCAGCAGACCCCAGACACCAAGACAGAAAAUGAUGUAGCAGAUCAGCAGCAGCAACAGGAACAACAGCAGCAACAACAGGGCGGAGAAGUUCCUGAAGAGCUGCGGCAGGCAGACGACAAGCAGCCGCAGCAGCAGCAGCAACAGCAACCGCAGCAGCAGGAGCAACAACAACCCCAGCAGCAGGAGCAGCAAGCGCAGCAGCAGCAGCAAGCGCAGCAGCAACCACCGCAGCAACCGCGGCAGCAGCAGCAGCAACAGCAGCAGCAACCGCAGCAGCGGCAGCAGCAGCAGCAGCAGCAGGAUGAGGAAGAGGACCAGGAGGAGGAGCAGCAGCAGCAGCAGCUGUGGGGCGAUGAUUUAUGUUUGUUUUUACGCGGCUUUGAGCUGCAGCAGCAGGAAGUCGAGAGAGAAGUUCUUGAGUCUCCUCACUUCGUUUAUUUAAUAAGGUUUUUAAACCGCUGCAGCACGGUGGUGAAUAUUUCAUGGAGGUUUGAGGGUUUGCUGCAGUCUCUUGCUGCAGUGUCUCCUCCUGCUGAUGUGCUGCUGUGCGCACAUUUGCUGUCUUUAGCUUCAUUUUCUUUUGACUUUCUCCCGGUGCUGCAGCAGAUUGAUGCUGAUCUUGCUGCCGACGAGCAGCAGCAGCAACAGAUCCUAGCUGAUGCUGCUGCUGCUGCUGCGCAAGCCUUUACAACACCCCCAGAGCCCAACCCACCAAACACUGCAAGACGAAUCUAUCAGCAGCAGCAGCAGCAGCAGCAGCAACGUGCUGCUGCAGGCCAGCAGGGAGGCAGGCGCCCGAAAAAGAGGGCGCAGCAGCAGCGCCAGCAGCAGCAGCAGCAGCAACAGCAGCAACAGCAGCAGGAUGCAGCACAAGACCCCCCAGGAACCCCUGAUCAAAGCAACCCUCAGACUCCAACUGCAACAUUUGAUUCGCAGCAGCAGCACCAGGAAGAAGAGACCCAGACGGCGCUCGACUCACAGCAGCAGCAGCAGCAGCAGCAGCAGCAGCAGCAAGGGGCUGGUUCUGGUUCGGGUACGAUUCGCCGUAGCCAAGGCUUUCUUCAGUUUUGUGCGGACCUGUCGCACACUGCAGCAGCUGCUGCUGCAGCAAGCUCCUUGCCUGCCUGCAGCAGCAGCGGCAACGCCCCCUCCACGGCCGCAGCAGCAGCAGCAGCAGCUGCUGCUGCUGCUGCUGCAGCUGAGGCAUGCGGUACUGCUGCGUUUUGGGAGUGGGAGGAGAUCGGCGGCGAGGAAGAUUAUUCUGCUGGCGGAGCAGCAGGAUCAGCAGCAGCAGCAGCAGCAGCAGACCCGAUGCAGCGUUUGCUGCAGCGGCUGCUGGUGCUGCUAGGGCGCAAGGCAGGGCCUCCGUUUAAAGCAGCAAGAGCAGUCAGGCGUCUGCUGCAAGACAGAGGAGAAGCAGAUUUGCUGCUGCCACUUAAACCCUUCUCAUCCCUCUCGGACGCAGCCACAGACUGGGCUCAUCUUAAACCCCUCCAGCGUCUUCGUUUGCUGCGGGCGAUGAUAUCUCUCGUUUUAUCGGAGAGUCCGCAAGUUGCGCGACACUUAGGAGACGCUCCAGCAGAUACUUCCUUUGACAGCGAGCAGCUGGUUGGGGAAGAUGCUGCGGGUCAUCUCUAUUGGCUGCUGACGCAACAGGGAGACCCAACGGCCUUCAAACUAUACAGGGAGGAUCGGGUGCGGCGGCGCUUUGAACUCCUUAGCGAAGAUCUCCCCUCUCUGGAGACCAUUGCCACUAGCCUAGAGGCUGAGGAGGGUAUGGCAGACUUGUCGGAGCAGCUGCUGCAGCAGUACCAACAGCUGCUGCAGCAGCAGCGGCAACGCAGUAGAGAAGAGAGGAGACGAAAGGCUGUUGAGAGACAACUGGAGACAGCCCAGUGGGGAGUCACUACAGGGCGUCGUGAGCGGAAGCCUGUGAACUACUUGGAGGUGAUUGAGGGAGAAAUCGAAAGCAGCAGCAGCAGCAGCAGCAGCAAACCCGUCUCGGAGGCGGAAGCGGAGCAGCAGGAGGCGCUGCAGCAGCAGCUGCCUGAAGAGGACGAGACGCAGCAGCAGCAACUGCAGCAGCAGCAGCAGCAGCAGCAGAAGCAGCAGCAUUCUCCUGCUGCAGCAAGUGCUUCUCGUUCAAGAAGGUCAGAAAAGAGAACCGACGGCAGCAGCCGCAGCAGAACGCGCCAGCAGCAGCAGCAGCAGCAGCAGCAACAGCAGCAGCAACUGGGCAGCGGUGAUCUGCAGCUAGCAGCAGUAGACAGCAGCACAGCUGCAGCAGCACUUGAGGGCCAGAGGCUGCGACUGGAGAAUUACCAGCAGCAGCUGCUGCUGCUGCAGCAGCAGCGAGAGAACGUAGAGAGAAGAAUGCUCCUGACGCAGCGGCAGCUGUCGACGCUGCAGCAGCAGCUGCAUCUCACCCCACAAGAAGUGGAGGCCCAGACAGCAACACUGCAGCAGCAAAUGCGAAAUGAGCAGCAGCAGCAGCAGGCAAUUGAACGGGACUUUACUGAGCUGCAGCUCCGUGCCAGAGAGCUAGCCGACGCUCUUGCUGCUGCUGCUGCUGCUGCUACUGCUGCUGCUCCUGCUGGCGCUACCCGUGGCGCUGCGACAAAGAAGGCGACAAUCAAAGCUGCAGUUCAGCAGCAGCAGAAGCAGCAGCAGCACCUCACGCCGGAAGAGAGCAGCAGGAAGAGCAACAGCAGCAGCAUUAACUACAACCAAAGCAGCGACAUGCUUUGGGGUGAUGCUGCAGCGCAGCAGCAGCUGCAUGCACCAGCACAUGCGUUACACCAGCUCUCUCCGCAACCAGCCGCUGCAACAGAACCGGAAGCAGCAGCAGCAGCAGCAGCAGCUGCUGCUGCUGCCGCCACAACAGAGUCGCAGCAGCUUCAUUUUAGCGCUACAGCAGCAAGCAUGCUGCAGCAGCAUCAGGAGAAGCAGCAGCAGCAGCAGCAGGAGGCUGCAUCGAUUGGCGGCGUGGCCUUCAACGGGAAACCGCAGCAGGCGCAGCUGAGUCUGGAACAGCAGCAGCAGCAGCAGCAGCAUCUGCUGCUGCAACAGCAACAGCAGCUGCUGCAGCAGGCUGCAGUUGCACACCUCGACGAACUGAAGCAGCAGGAGGGUCGGCAGCAGCAGCAGCAGCAGCUGCAGCAGCAUGAAUUGCAGCACCAGCAGCAGCAGGGGCUUGUGAUUAGUGAAGAUAGAUGA